AUGCUAUCCCUGUUGGUGACCACACAUCAUCGUGACUCGGUCCCAGCAAGCUGUAUUCGUGACCUCAGUCGGUGUAUCUUCGGGCAGCCUAUUUAUCCUCGUUUCCUGCACAUUUCACUGUUAAAUAUCAUUAGUGUGAUUGUUUUCCUUGAAGAAACAAAAAAUAGCACAUAUCUAUCUAUCUAUCUAUCUAUUUAUCUAUCUAUCUAUCUAUUCUCUUUUUUUCGUUGCUGUUUUGAAUAUUACAUGCUUUUGAGGACUACUUUGAUGAACCUUUUAUUAAAUACAAGAGACUCUCGUCUCAAAUUGCCCAGCUUUCUCUCUCUUUUUUCUUUUCCCAUUCACGAAAUUCCUCUUCUUCACUUUCUCCUCCUACUCAUCCUUCAUAUUGCUCGUCAACAACUAUCUUUAUUAUUGUAUGUUCGCCCCAUAAAAAGCCCUGUUUGUUUUCAUGAAUACUUGAGGUUUCUAGCCAAUAGUUGUUACUGGAACGACUACUGGGCAUGCGUCUCGCUCUAA